CUUUGCCUUUGGAACCAUCCCUGUGGCCAGGAAAGGAGGCGUUUCCCAGCCCCACGCUGGCUCGGGGCCAGGCUCUGGGAUAAGGCCUUGCCCCACACCGCAGCCGGAGCGCAGGGAGCUCCCACUCACACCUCCCCUGGUAUAAAACCCCUGCGCGCCGCAGCCCGCGCACACCCGGCGCAGCCCCAGGAGCAGCUCCCCGUUGGAGAGGACAGCCCAGCACCGCUGCCAGCGAGGACCCGCAGACCCCGUGCGGAGCAGCAAUGGGCCAGUGCAACUGCCGCAAGAAGCGCAAGGACUGCCAGGAGCUCACCGACGUGGAGCGCGCCAUCGAGACCGUCAUCAACCAGUUCCAUUGCUACGCCGUGAAGGGGCAGAAGGAAUACCUGACCCCCAACGAGAUGCAGGAGCUCGUGGUGCAGAAGCUGCCCCACUUGGGGAAGUGUGUUGGACCACUGGAAGAGAAGAUCGAAUGCAUGGGAGACCCUGAUGAAGCCAAGCUGGAGUUUGGAGAGUACUGGGACAUGAUGGGGGAUGCGGCCAAGGGCUGCCGGAGGAAGUAGAAGGGCGGCGGGGGGACGGGAAGGCGCCCAAGGCCUCAGGCUCUGCACCGUGGGUGCAUGCGAGAGGCUGCUGGUCCCGGUGGGAUGCGCUUGGGAAUGCACAACGCUGCUCAUCUCCUCCCCGCAUCCCUGCCCGGGGCAGAGGGAUCCCCCUCGCCGGCUCCCUUCCUGCCCUCUCCUUCCCGUCAGGACACCUCCCUUCCCAUCCCCAGCAAGGGUGUGGUAAAGGGGGUUCCUGGCUCCAGCUCCGGAGCCGCCUUUCUCCGUCCUUUGCUCCAGAGCCUUUAUCCCAGGGGUUAUCCCACCUCCGGCCCUGAAAAGCCUCCGGUUGCAGGUCCCCCAGCCCCGGAGCAGCGCAGCGAGAGGGACUCGGCUCCUU